AUGGCUUUAUCUUCUAUCUUUGGAGGUGCUACACCUUCCCAGCAACAAACUGUCAAUUCGACUGCUGCUAAUUCAGUCACAGACAAGGUCAAGUCACAAAUUGCGCAAGAACUAGCUGUCGCUAAUGCUACUGAACUAGUGAAUAAAGUGACAGACAAUUGUUUUGAAAAAUGUCUAACGAGUCCGUACUCCAAUAACAACGAACCUUGCGUUGACCAAUGUCUAGCCAAGUACAUGAGAAGUUGGAACGUUGUCUCUAGGGCUUAUAUCGCAAGAAUCCAACAGGCAUCGACCUCUGGUGAGAUUUAA